CUGACAUCUAUGACCACCUGGAUGCUUUCCUGGAGGAGAUUGGUGUUACCUGUGAGUGUGUGGGUGGUGGGAAGAUUGACCAUGACUCUGUGGCAAAAACCAUCAAUGUGUUUGGUCAUUCACAGGGUUACGGCAAGGCUGAUCACUCUAUCACCGUGCAGCUACUGAAAGAAAAAUACCCAGAUUACAACAGUAUAACUUGGACGGAUGACUAA